AUGAGCUUGCGACUUUGCCGGCAAUGGCUGCUGCAGCCAAGAGCGUAUAGCGGGGAAGUCGGACGUCACAGGUCGGCCUAUCGCUAUCGCCCAGGAGGGGCACUGGCAGCCCUGCGCACGAGCCGCCACCUUACCACGCAGAGCUUAGCGCGUCGCUUACGAGAAAGUGCGACUGCAAUAUUCGGAUCGCGGACCUCACACAUUCUACAUUGCGAAACUCUCCGUCAAACACACACGACAAUCGUCACGACCAACGUCACAAUGUCUACCUCUGAGCUCGCAACCUCCUACGCUGCUCUCAUCCUCGCCGAUGACGGUGUCGACAUCACUGCCGACAAGCUCCAAUCGCUGAUCAAGGCCGCAAAGAUCGAGGAAGUCGAGCCCAUCUGGACAACUCUGUUCGCCAAGGCUCUUGAGGGCAAGGAUGUCAAGGACCUGCUCCUGAACGUCGGCUCAGGCGGCGGCGCUGCCUCUGCCCCCGCUGCCGGUGGUGCCGGAGGUGCUGCUGCUGGCGGUGCCGACGCACCAGCGGAAGAGGAGAAGAAGGAGGAGGAGAAGGAGGAGUCAGACGACGACAUGGGCUUCGGUCUCUUCGACUAAGCGCUUUCUUUCGCAUCUUCUUCCACAUUUGCCUUACUCGGGGUGUCCAAAAGGAAUCAGCGGCAUACUCCCCCUGCUGGGCAGAACGUUCACGACCUUUCCGUGAUACGACAUGCAUACGGAUCAUCUAGGAGAAUACAAUGACGGCGUCUUGAGAUGUGUAUAGGACGGCAGGUUCAAUGGAAACUCGAAAAGUGCAAA